AUGUCUGACAAGAUACCCACAAGCUCACGUCUUGACUCAUUGUCUCGUCGCUCAACUCCAGCUUCCAAACCUGGACUGAAAUUCAAACCAAAAGUUGUUGCAAGAAGAAGUAAAGAAGAAAGAGAUGCAGAAGCCCCAGUCAACGCCCCAGAAUCAUCCAGACCAUCCAAUCGUGGUAAUGCUAAUAGAGGAAGAGGUGCCAGUCGAGGAGGUAGAGGAGGUCGUGGUGGUAGAGCCUUAGCCGGUACACAUUUAGUCACAGCUGGUCCAUUAGCUUCAGGUAAUGUAUUAAAUCAAACAGGUUCCUUCUCAAGAGCCGGUACUGCCUCACCAACUCCUGAUUAUUUGUCCAAUCUUGUUAAAAGGGAAGGAUCAGCUUCAAGAGCUACAUCAGUUGGAUUAGAAUCAGAUGAUGAAGAUGAUCCAUCAAAAAUUGAUAUGAGUAAAGAAUACAAAUUUGAUCCAGAACAUACAGAAUUAUUUCCAGUCAGACCAGUUCGUAAUGCACAUGUUGAUGAUAGUAAAGACUCAUAUGGUGAACGUGAAGAACGUUCUGUUUCACCAGAAUUUGUGGAGACUGGCUCAAAUAUUACUGAACCAUCAUUAGUCAAAGAAGAACCACAAGAAAAAGAUUUAACUUCUGUUUUGAAAGAAAAAGACACAGACUUACAAAAGAAACUAAAUGAGCUACAACUACAAAAUGAAUUUUUAUCUGUUGAUCCUACAGAAGCUAAAGAAGAAACCGAGAGAUUGAAUAAAGAUCAUAGAUCAAUUGUUAAAUCAAUCAUUGAUGCCGAUAAUAAACCAGAGAAAUUUUUAUUCGUUCAACUACCUAGAGUGCUGCCAAAUUUUGAACAAGACGAAAUUGCUAAAUUAACAAGAAAUGCUAGAAUAGCUGCAACAAAACCUGCGCCAAUUAAAGAAGAAGGCGAUGGGGAAGGUGACUUAAAUGUUAAAGAUGCACCAACCACAGCAAAACCUACCACUGCUGCUCCACAAAAACCAGACGGAGAAUUAGAUGAAUUGGAAGGUCUUAUUGGUAAAUUGAGAGUUCAUAAAUCAGGAAAAGUUACAAUGAAGUUGGGAAAUGUUGUUAUGGAUGUUGGUAAAGGUUCACAAACCAAUUUCUUACAAGAGGUUGUUCUAGAUGAAGGUGAAGCUGAAAAGUCUGCUUACUUGCUAGGUCAUCUUGAGGAAAAAGUCGUAGUUACCCCUAGAUUUGGAUAA